AUGACUACUAAUUCAUUUUCCACGUUUGCCGACCUACGCCGUUUCGUACAAAUACUUACUGAUGGAUCGGCAAAAGAGGAAUUCUUAAAUAUUUUAGAGUUGCAAGAAAAAUUACGUUCAGAAUGCGAGGCCAGGGUUCAGAGCGCGGAGCAAUUGAAACGUGAUGUGGAUGCUUCUUUGCAAUCUAUAGUCGAUUCGGCGAGAAAGCUCUUCAAUGCAAGCCGCUUCUUACAAAUGGAGAAAGAAGCAGUGGAGCAUGAGCGCGAUCAAAUGGAGCAAAAACUAUUGGCGGUAGCUGAUUUAUUGUGGUAUGAAAAUAACCUUAAAAAUGAGACAAAAGAUAAAUUGACGUUUUUGAAUAACAGGCAACAAAAAAGGAAAUCGAAAAAUCCGCACUUAGACGAAAUGUAUGGCAAUGAAACUAUUUCUACGGGAAGUUCUUUAUCUGAUCUAUACAUAGCGCAGUCGGAAGAUGAGCCGUCAGUUAGUAAUGCUGCUCCUGCUGCUGUAGGCACUAAAAGAUUACGUUUAAGUGCAGCCGGUGGUAGGAAAAAUAUGCCAUCUGGAAGACAAAGAUCGGUAUGCCGCCGUAGAGCACCAGCACGAGUGGCUACCACGAAAGUCACUAUACCGCAAGAUGGUCAGGACGCUAUACGAGCAGAAAAUACAAUAGAAACUGCACCACCGCAGGCACGUCAGGUGAAUGCUUUAGGUGACAUAGAAUAUAUUGAUGAAGCACCUGCUUGUACUCAAAAAAUAUUUGCUGCGUAUUCAAACAAAAUAAAACGUAAGCGGUAUCAAUUGUAA